AUGACGCCCUCUUCUGCUGCCUCUGUUGACUUAUUAUACCUAACGUUCAACUGCGGCAAGAGCAUACUCGAUGUUCCCGUCUUCAGCGCCCAUCUGAAAACUGCUUUUCGUCAAAAUGCAACCGAUUUACCGCAGGUUGUUGUUCUCUCCUUGCAAGAGGUGGCACCCUUAGCCCAUUCCUUCAUUGGCGGUUACUUUUUGAAACCAUACCUCUCACGAUUCGAACAAGCCGUCAACGUUGCCGCCCAGCAUGUUCUUGACGACAUAUCGAGUCCAGAUAGCAACGUUGUCACAGUCACACCCACGACCCGCCCAUCGAAGCCAUACACUCUCGUACGAGGCAACAAUGUUGGCUACACCGCCAUCAUGCUCUUUUCGCGCGAUCCUUCACGAAUAAAGAACAUACAAGAGGCGGAGGUUGGGUUCGGGGCGGCUGAAAUAGGUAACAAGGGCGCUGUUGGACUGCGCAUGCUUUAUGAAGGAGAUGAUGGCUCGUCUGAGCUGACUUUUGUCGCCACGCAUUUGGCGGCCAUGGAAUGGAACUUGCCCAGGCGCAACGCCAAUUGGGCUGCUAUUAUGCGUGGUAUGGCUUUUGAGAACCCGGAAGUUGUUGUGAAUAGCUACAAAACCUCUGUUACCCCAUCCCCGACCUCGACACCACCCGCCGAAGACCAGCCUGAGCGGGUGCGUCUUCUAGCCGACGAACACGACGAACAGCACUCGCGCCUCCAGCAACAACUACACAACAUCUCUGUCUACAGACCAACCUCGAAUCUUUUCGUGGCUGGAGACUUGAACUACAGAAUAUCAACCACAUCUCCACCUCCAUCCGCCGUGUUCCCCAGUACUGAUCCGGAGUCAGAGAACUACUACCCAGACUUCUUCCGUCUCGAUCAGCUUACACGCGAGCGCAACGCUGGUCGCACUCUACAUGGUCUAUCGGAGCACGAGGUGCGCUUCCCACCGACGUACAAGUAUGACGUAUUGCCAGCACGACCUGGCACGCAAGAGCCUGAGCUUGACGUGCCUUGGAAAUUUGCGACCCAUCGGUACCCUGGAUGGACAGAUCGAGUCCUGUUUCUUGAUGUACCUUCGUGGCUGAAGAAGGGAAACAACCAAGAUCCCAAGCUCAAUGUGCGUGCUUACGACUGUCUUCCGGUCCUGCGCAUGAGCGACCAUCGCCCUGUCUUCCUUCGAGUCGAUGUGCCCCUCAUUGCGCCGAACGAGAUGGCCCCGCCAUCGGGUCUGGACCCUGAUACGAGCAAGGACCCUCGAGCCCGACUCCCCGUGGAGAUCGACCCAGAGGCCUGGGAGCGCCGCGCAGCUGCACGCCGUAAAGAGGUCAUGGCUGGCUGGAGCAUGUACCUCUGGAGUACAAAGGAGGGUGCCUGCAUCCUGGCCACAAUGUUCGCUUUUGGCGUUGGCGUUUAUUGGUUGUAUCAGCUGUUUUGA